AUGGACGCAGCAAAAGGAGAUUUCUGUGUGAGGAUAACGGUGAAGGAAGUGGUGGCAGCACUGUUGCCAAUGCAAGAGCAUUGGCUGCAACUGUCCAACCUGGACUUGCUGUUGCCUCCAUUGGAUGUGGGUGUUUUCUUCUGUUACAAGAAACCCACGUCCACUGAAGAGAAACUAUUGUCCACCAGUUUUACAUACAUGGUCAGUGUCCUUAAGAAGGCAAUGGCUCAAGCUCUGGUGCCCUACUAUGCAUGGGCCGGGGAAGUAGUGCAGAACCCCGCGGGAGAGCCGGAGCUCCUCUGCAACAACCGUGGGGUGGACUUCUUAGAAGCCUUUGCCGACGUGGAGCUCCGAGACCUCAACCUCUACAAUCCUGAUGAGAGCGUAGAAGGCAAGCUGGUCCCUGAGAAGAAGCAUGGAGUGCUCUCUGUCCAGGCCACCCAACUCAAGUGUGGAGGAUUGGUGGUAGGGUGCAAGUUCGACCAUCGAGUGGCAGACGCCUACUCGGCCAACAUGUUUCUUGUAUCUUGGGCCGAGAAGGCUCGGUCCAAACCGAUCUCCCGGCUGCCAUCAUUCCGGCGGUCUCUGCUCAGCCCCCGGCAUCCCGGCUGCUACCAUCCGUCCCUUGAUGAUAUGUAUGUGGCAGUCUCAGCAUUGCCACCUCCAAGGGAAAAUAACUCUUCCUCCAAUUUCUCCGGUGAUGAGCUGAUAAGCCGCAUCUACUACGUUGAAGCCGAGCAGCUUAGUAGGCUUCAGUCUCUGGCCAACAACAAUGGAUGCAGAAACAAGGACAAGGACAGAUCCAUGAGGACUAAGCUCGAGGCCUUCACCGCCUUCUUGUGGAAGCUGGUUGCUGCAAGUGAACAAGCGAGCAACAAAAAGUGCAGGAUGGGCAUUGUAGUGGAUGGUAGGACGAGGCUGAGCGAAGGAUAUGGCGAGAAGUCGGAGAUGAUGGCUACAUACUUCGGGAACGUCCUGUCCAUCCCAUUCGGGGAGAAGAGAGCUGGCGAGCUCAUGAAGAGGCCGGUGAGCUGGGUGGCGGAUGCAAUCCAUGAGUUCCUCGAUAGCGCGGUGACAAAGGAACAUUUCUUGGGGCUGAUAGACUGGGUGGAGGCUCAUCGUCCGGAGCCAAAUCUGGCAAUGAUAUAUGCCGGAAGCAAGAGCAAUGAUGACGGGCCAGCCAUCGUGGUGUCCUCCGGGCAGAAGUUUCCGGUUUCGAAGGUGGACUUUGGGUGGGGGAAGCCUGCAUUUGGGUCAUACCAUUUCCCAUGGGGUGGAGAAUCUGGCUAUGUCAUGCCAAUGCCAAGUCCAAAUGGGAAUGGUGACUGGGUUGUUUACAUGCACAUGUUCAAAGGGCAGUUGCAACUCAUAGAGAGUCAGGCACCUCAUUUCUUUAAGCCACUUACUAGUGAUUAUUAUCUUGAGCACUUUUAAUUAAUUGUCAUUCUCAAGACAUGUUGGAAGUGAUUAUAAUCUGUAAGCUCUUGUUUUACUAAGUAUGUAAAAAGAUAAAUUGCUUUCUUGUAUCAAAUCUUGAAUUCAUGUAA